AUGGAUGUGCAAAAUCAGAUCACAGUGACUGAAUUUACCCUGACUGCCUUGCCUGUUAUCCGGAAGCUUCAGAUCUCCCUCUUUGUGGUCCUCUUGUUUACUUACAUGCUAACUCUAACAGGAAAUAUUGUCAUCAUUUCCCUAAUAUGGGCUGAUAAUUGCCUCCAAACCCCGAUGUACUUCUUCCUCAGUAAUUUGUCAUUUUUAGACAUCUUAUACACGACCUCAGUUACCCCAAAGUUGUUAGCUUGUCUCCUAGAGAACAGGAAGACCAUAUCUUUUGCUGGCUGCAUGAUUCAAAUAUACUUCUUUUUCCUGGGGACAGUGGAGUUUAUUCUCCUAGCAGUGACGUCUUUUGAUCGCUAUGUGGCCAUCUGUAACCCCCUGCGCUAUACCAUCAUCAUGAACAGUAGGGUCUGUCUCCUACUGGUUCUGGGCUGCUGGGUGGGAACUUUCUUCUCAAUACUGUGCCCAAUUAUUGUGGUGUCCAGACUGCCCUUCUGUUAUAGAGAAAUCUGUCAUUUCUUCUGUGACAUUGCCCCUCUGCUACAGGUGGCCUGCAUAGACACUCAUUUCAUUGAGAUGAUAAACUUCCUUUUAUCUUCCUUCGUCCUCCUGACCUCACUGGUACUCACCAUUGUGUCCUACACCUACAUCAUUUCUACCAUCUUGUGCAUCCCCUCAGCCCAAGGACGUCAGAAGGCCUUUUCCACCUGUGCUUCUCACAUCAUGGUCGUUUCCAUUGCUUAUGGGAGCAACAUCUUCAUGUAUGUGAAGCCCAGCCAGAGCCGUUCACUGGAUUUUGACAAAGUGACUGCUGUCAUGACCAUAAUGGUGACCCCUCUCCUGAACCCCUUCGUUUAUAGUCUGAGGAAUGAAAAGGUGAAAGAAGUUUUGAGAGAAGCAAUAAACAACAUCAUGUCCUUAUUACACAGGAGAACUUGA